AAUAUUAUUAUUUUUUGUUUGUGCUUAUUGUAUCUCAAAGUCUUUUUUUUUUUUCAUUCAUUUUGUUAGUAAGAUUACCAUAUACAUGAAGCUUGUAUAAAAUAUCAUUUAAAUGAAAACAAUUCAGAAGGAAUUUCGACAAUUAAAAAUUGAUAAAACAUCAAAAUAUGUUACAGAGAAACAGCAUCAUGAUACUUCUCCUAAUAAAGAAAAGCACACUUUUAUUCAUAAUAAUAAUGAAAGUAGCGCUGACAAACAACAAUGUUUUACAAACAUGACAACUACCAGCACUGAUGAAUCAGAUUUCACUACUAAUACAACAUAUCAUCAUCAUUGUCAAUCCACUCCAGACUUGAAGAGUCAUCUAUUAAAGAAAAAAUGGUUCUCAUUUUCUCGGAUUAAUUUAAGGAGACAACGUUCAACACCACCGCUCAAUAGAAUAGGAUAUGGAGGUCUUAAGCCUGGUACUGUCGAACCACCAGAUCCACCUCCACAGUUACUUUAUCAUCUGGAUCAUUAUUUCUCUGACAGGGAAACUACUCAAGUAAGUACACCGCCUUCAUCAUCUUUUACUAUCUCUGUCAAUAGACGAAGAAGUUUGAUUGAUAUAAAUAAACAACAUCAAGAAUCACCUUCUUUCUCUUCUACGUUAUCAACAGCUGAAGAAGAAGAAAGAUCGACCGUCAUAGAACAGUUUCAGGCUAAACAUCAUUAUAACCCUCAUCGAAGACUCAGUUGUCCUGAUGCACAUGAAGAUUCAGAUAAGGAGCUAUCGUUUAUGCCUGAAUCAGAAGACGUAGCCCAUAAUAUAAAGAAGAAUCAUAAAGAAGAACAUGUUAAAUCAUCACUCUCUUCAUUUGAAGAACAGAAAUCAAAUGUAUUAUUAUUUGAUAUCUAUAAACCACAUACAACGAAAUUUGUUAUGAGCUUUAAACAAUUAGAGCCAAGAACUGUCAAACUUCGACGUCGAGUUCAUCCUAAAUCAGAAACAAAAGCAGUACUUGAAUGGCAAUAUCAUCUUAUAAAAACAUUAAAUGAAGAUUAUUUCAAGAAACAACAAGGAAGGCCUAUUAUAGAUAAUUUGCCUGUUGAAAAAAGAACGCGGUAUACUCAAAUAAGAAAAUUUAUUCUUCAAGAAUUUUAUAUAACAGAGAUUAAUUUCUGGAAUCAGUUAAAUUAUGCUAAAGUCAUGUUUUGUAAUCCAUUAAAACUUGCUCUGGAACGAAAUAGUCCUUUAGUAAAAGCGAGUGAUUUAGAUUGGUUUGCUAAUCUUGAUAAUCUUAUGGACUUUUCUUCCACAUUAAUUCAUCGUUGUAGUGGGAAGGAUCAAGAAGAGAUGUCUACGGCAGUUUUUACUUCAUUAUCAGAUGAUGUCUACAUCGGUCAAAUCUUAUGUAGUAUGUCAGAAUCGAUGAUUACUUUCUUAAGAUGUGCGUUAGACUAUAAAGCCAACAUAAAACUAUUAAAACAACUUAAACAUAAUAAAGGAUAUAUCCUUUAUAAAGAGAAACUUGAUUUACGUAAAGAGACUAGACAGUUUACAUUGGAUGAUUAUUUUAUUAUUCCUAUUCAACGAGUAACAAGAUAUUCCUUAUUACUUACAGAUUUAGAGAAACAUACAGAAACAAUACAUCCAGAUUAUGAAAAUAUUCGAAUAGCAAGAUGUAUCAUUCAAAGCUUAGCAUCUGCUAUGAAUUAUGCUCAAAAAUAAUAUUCUAUCCUUUAUUUUUACAUUGUAAAUAAUGCAUUAUAUACGUAUAUGUUUACACAUACAUACAUACAUACAUAUAAAU